GAGCCACCUGCUUCGGAGCGGUCGCGAUUGGCGCCUCGCUCGUUCGUGCCUCCCCCCUCCUCGGUCGCAGAAGCCUGUGAGCGGCCGCUUCUGCGAAGCCUCCAACUUCUCCUUCCAUCACCCUCCACGCGUCCCCCUUUUUCGUUGGACCCCGUUGGCUGGAAAGUUGCGGACCCUCCGCUGCGGUUCCUCUUCGGAGAGAAGAAAGCCGUAGCUGCCGCCGCUGCUCUCUGAGGGGAGUGGGUGGGUGGGUGGUAAAAAAAAAAAAAGCCCGCGCCCUCGUCCUUCAUAUCUUUCAUCGAGAGGAGCAGCGGCCGAAGUCGCCGUUCGCCUGGCGGGGAGGCGGAAUGGAGAUGUCCUCCGCCGUCGCCUCCUGCUUUCCUUGCCGGCUGCAGCGGCAGACGCCGCUCUUCUUUCUCCUGGGGUUGCUGCUUUCUGCCCUUUCCCUGCGGCCAGGACUUGGAUUAUAUACAGUAAACACAGUAUAUGGAGAUACCAUUGUUUUGCCUUGCCAUUUAGAAGUUCCCAAUGGUCUUUUGUUUGCAAAGUGGAAAUAUGAAAUUGCAAACAAGGCUUCAGAGUCUAUUGCAUUGCGAUCUGCAAAAAAGCCAAGUGCCCAAUAUGACAAUGUACCAGAAUACAAAGACCGAAUAAGUCUUUCUGAAAAUUAUACCCUGUCCAUUAAUAAUGCAAGAAUUGGAGAUGAAAAGAAAUUUGUAUGCAUGUUUGUAACUGAAGACAAUGUCUUUGAACAGGCUACACUCGUCAAAGUUUUCAAGCAGCCAUCAAAGCCUGAAAUUGUAAAUCAAGCAGAAUUUCUAGAAACAGAAGAGCUGAAACUGCUUGGGGAAUGUAUUACAAGAGAUGGUUAUCCUGCAGGAAACAUAACAUGGUUUAAGAAUGGAGCUAUUUUGCAGCAUGCUGAAGAAGCUGUUGUCAUAGAUGAACAAAUAGAUGCAGAUAAAACCAGCGGACUCUAUACCAUCAAAUCUUCCCUAAAAUAUAAACCAACAAAGGAUGACACUGGUGCACAGUUCACCUGCACAGUGACGUAUUUUGGACCAACUGGACCAGAGAUAAUACGAUCAGAAUCAGAAGUCCCUAACAUUUACUAUCCCACAGAAAAGGUUCAGAUUGAGAUUCUUUCACGAAGAAAAACAAUUAAGGAAGGUGAUAACAUUACCCUGAAAUGUUCAGGAAAUGGUAAUCCUCCACCUCAGGAGUUCUUAUUUUUCAUCCCUGGAGAGCCUGGACCAAUUCGAAGUUCCAGUUUUCAUGAGUUGACUGAUGUAAGAAGAAAUGCAACAGGUGAAUACAGAUGUUCACUGACUGAUGAAAGUUUGAUAGAUUCCACAACAGUUACAGUACAUUAUUUGGAUUUGUCACUUACUCCCAGUGGAGAAGUUAUUAAACAGAUUGGAGAAGCAUUGCCUGUAUCUUGUACAAUUUCUUCUAGUAGAAAUGCUACUGUGUUCUGGCUGAAGGAUAAUAACAGAAUGAGGUCAAGUCCUUCUUUUUCAAGUUUGCAGUACCAAGAUGCAGGAAAUUACGUCUGUGAAACAAUUUUACAAGAAGUUGAAGGCUUAAAGAAAAGUCAAAUUCUGACAUUGAUAGUACAAGGAAAGCCUCAGAUCAAAAUGUCAAAGAGAACCAGCACAGAUGGAUCUUAUAAAACUAUAGCCUGUCACGUAGAAGGAUUUCCCAAACCUGCAGUACAGUGGACUAGCAGUGGAGGUGUCAUAAAUAAAACAGAAGAGACUAAAUAUAUCAAUGGAAAAUUUAUUAGUAAAAUCAAAAUUGCUCCUGAAGAGAAUAUUACAUUAACCUGCAUUGCUGAAAAUCUACUAGAAAGAGCUGUCACCUCUUUGAAUGUAUCUGCUAUAAGUAUUCCAGAAUCUGAUGAACCAGAAGAAAAAAGUGAUGAUAAUAGGGAAAAUAUUAAUGAUCAGGCAAAAUUAAUAGUGGGAAUCGUGGUUGGUCUUCUUCUAGCAGCAACGGUUGCAGGUGUUGCUUAUUGGCUAUACAUGAAGAAAUCAAAAUCAGCUUCAAAACAUGUAGCUAAAGAUCUUGGAAAUAUAGAAGAAAAUAAAAAAUUAGAAGAAAACAAUCAUAAAUUGGAAGCUUGAAACACCAAACUAUUUGGCCAUUCCAGAAAAUAAACAUAGAUCAACUGAAGCAUGAACAUGGAUUAUGUUUAAGAUAUAUAAGAAGAUGUGACGGCUUUUCAUGGUUCAAGUAUUAUACAGAUAAUUGUUUCAAUUUUUCAAAAAAAUAUAUAUCCAGUUUUCUCAAGCUUACAAAAUUUCAGCAAAUCUAAUUUUGGCAACAGCCGUAAUAAUAGGUCAAAAAUUGUGUUCAGUUUGAAUAUAUAUAUUAUUUUUUUGUAAAUGUCUGCACUGAAGAUUACUUUUGGUUUGCCUUUAUGUAAAUUUUUUACGUAGCUAUUUUUAUACACUGUAAGGCUUUCUUCUGGGAGUUGCUGGUAAUCUGAUGUAUAGUGUUUUUAUUUUCAUCGUUUUUUGCACCGUUUAAAGAGGUACAUUUCUAAUUC